AUGUAUUCGUCUCUGCAAGAGGAUAAACCUCCGUCUCCAACACUGGCUCCAGCACCAAUUUUUACUUUUACUACCUCUACUGCAUUCUCUACUUCGCCAACUGCUACCUCUUCGACUAGUGCUUCCUCUUCAACUUCCUCACCCUCUACACGAUGGGUGCGAAGGCUGCACCAUCGACAAAGAAACCAUAGAGAGAGGAACCUGCUGUUUAGUCGGAUGAUACAUGCUGCAGGAGGCGGUGGAAAUAAUAAUAGUGAUAGUAACAACAUUAUUAGUAACGGCAGCAACAUUAAUGGAAAUAAUUCUUCAACAAUACCUUCAACAGUGCCCUCAUCGACUAUAUCAACCUCUUCCUCUUCACCUAAUAUACAAUCUCAAGACGAUGAUGAUCUCCAAAGCAUGCAUCACCAUUUUCGUAGCAAGACAGUUUGUAAAUUAAAUUGUGCGCACUGUAACAAUAGUGUGUGCGUGAGAGGAAUGAAGGCCAUGUUAUUGGCUGAUACAAGAAUUGAACUUUAUUCCACUGACGUACCGCCAUUAUCUGGGAAUGUUCUAGGAUAUCAUAUUACUCAGCCAUGCCAACAGUGUAUGGAAGCUUGCAACAAUGGUCAUCUUUGGAUGUUUCACACAGAGUCUGUUACGAGCGAAGAGAGAUUAGACCCCGAAGGGAAAAAGAUUCUUUUAUGGGCACAAUUACCUCGAGCUGAAAAAGAUAUCGAAAUAGUUGAUACGGAAGACGAAUAUGAACAAUGUUGUCGAUAA